AUGACUAAAUCUAAAUCUAAUAGGGGUGCAUUGUUGUUAGAUAAUCUACCACAGCUACAAGGACUUGUGAAGAGAGACCCCGAUGGAUAUAAGGAUGAGUUUAUACAGCAAUACAAUCAUUAUAAAUCUAUUAUCAAUAUAUUCAAAUUACAGCCUGGAUAUAACUUGAAUGAGUUUAAUAACUUGGUUGGUUUCAUUAGCCAGGUCGCCCCUUGUUAUCCCUCAAUAACAUCUCAACUCCCCAACGACCUAUCUGAUCUCCUUAUCCAAUUCAACUCCCACCUUUCCCCAGACACUAAGAAAACUUUAAUCCAAUCCUUAGUUCUCCUUAGAAAUCGCAAAUUUAUCGAUUCUAUUGACCUAUUGAAGGUUCUCUUUCAACUUCUCCCUAUAACUACUUCCUCCUCUAUAAAAUCCUAUAUAAAACAUGUCAUCUUGAAUGAUAUGAAAUUGGCUAAUCAACAAUCAAAAAAUCAUAAGCUGAACAGAGUUAUUCAGGGUUUACUCUUUGCAAUGGUUCAAACUGGUAUGGACGCUGAAAUUACCUCCAACAAGAAAUCUAAAAACAACCAAAUUAACUCAAACUCUGAAGCUAUGUGGGCUGUUAUGUUAACCAGGGAACUAUGGAGAAAAGGCGUUUGGAAUGACUCUAAAUCCGUCUCCAUCGUCGCUUUAGCUUGCUUCCAUCCUACUGCAAAAGUUCAAAACGCUGCAACUCACUUUUUCUUGGGUUCUGAUGAUGUUGUUGAGGAGAGCGACGAAGAGGGUGAUGAAAUCGACAUUAAAAAGGUUCAGCAUCAAGCUCUCAUUAAUAAAUCUCGUAAAUCCACUGACAAGAAAAUGUCAAAACAAAAGAAAGCCGCUAAGAAAGCUAACGCGAACAAACAAAACUCUUCCACUCCAAACUUUCCUGCCUUACAACUCCUCAAUGACCCACAAGGUUUUGCUGAAAAGCUAUUCUUAAGCCUCACUAAAACUGAUAAAGUUCACUCCCUUGAUCAUCGCGUUUUAGUCAUGCAACUCCUCACUAGAGUCAUGGGUGCUCACAAACUAUGCGUUCUCAGCUUCUACUCAUACAUCAUCAAAUACCUCACUCACCAUCAACUCCGCAUUACUCUCAUUCUCGUCGCUUUAGCUCAAUCUGUACACGAACUAACCCCACCAGACGUACUCACUCCCGUUAUUCGUAAGAUCGCUCACGAGUUCGUCACUCCUGGCGUUGGUUCUGAAGUUGUAGCUGCUGGUCUCAACUCUAUCACAGAAAUUUCACGCAGGCAGCCAUGGGCUAUGGAAUCGGAUUUACUUGAAGAUUUGAUAGAGUAUAGGAAAUCUGCUGAUAAAGGUGUAAUCACUGCUAGUAGAGGUUUACUACAACUCUUCAGAGAAGUCAACCCUUCAAUCCUCAAACGUAAAGAGAGAGGUAAAUUGGCUGCGAUGGGUAUGUCUACUGGAAAACAAGCUCUCAAGUUUGGUGAGAGUAAUGAGGUUGCUAGUGGUAUUGAAGGUCUAGACUUACUCGAGAAGCACCUCGAUCAAAAGGAAAACGACGAUGAAGACGUCGACGAUGAGAAAGCUUGGGAUGACUGGGAUGCCGAGUCAGAUGAUGCCUCGAGUGAAGAGGAAGGUUGGGUUAAUGUGUCUGACGACGACGCCGAUAUCGAUCUUUCUGACAGCGAUGAAGAGAAGGAGAAAGAGAAGAAAGAGAAAAAGGAAGAAGAUACCAAAGACAUCUCUACAAAUGAUCAAAUUGCCCAAAUGUCCACUUUAGCUACCGAACGUAUCCUCACACCAGCAGACUUUGCCCUCCUCAACGACCUCAAAAUGAAGGCGGUACAAGAGGAAAUAGACCAAGGCGGUGGAAAUGCUGCAAAGCGCAAACUUGCGCAUCUUAAAGAAAAGCGUAAAGCCACUGGUAGCGGUGCAGAUGGUGAUGAUCAAGGACAAUUUGUCACAGAAGCUGAGAUUGUUGGACCACGCAAACGCGCUAAGAAUGAUUAUGAGGCGCGUAUGGCUAGUAUUGCCGAAGGUCGUGAAGGUCGUGAUAAGUUUGCUUCACGUAAGGGUAAACACAAGUCGGAUAAGGUAGCAAGCAAGACGAACGAAGAGAAGAAGCGUAACAAGCCAAUGAUGAUGGCUAUACACUCUAAGCGUGUCAAGAGCAAGUCACAAUCCAAGCUUAUUGAUAAGCAAAAGACGCUACACAAACACAAAGAGAAGCAGCGUAAGAAGAUGUGA